UUUUAUAAAUUUAUGAUGAAAGAUUGAGAGUUUUUUUGCAUCCCCUUGUGUGAAGCAAGCCCUUAGUUUCGAGCAGUUUAAUAUUUUUGAAGAGUCUGUAACACUGUAAAUGGUGUAGUGUUGAUGCUCAAUUUAGACACUGAUAUGGAUAGACUAGAGUUCUUAAGCUUAUCGGCAUUGGUAGCCAUUGUUGUAUCCCUGUUUCUAUUUUUCUUCAGUUUCCGAAGAUCGAAAGCAAAUGUCCCACCAGGAUCAAGCGGAUGGCCAGUGAUGGGAGAAAGUAUCAAGUUUUUUCGGUUAGGUCCCCAGGAAUUCAUCAAAGAAAGAACCAGAAAGUAUUCCCAGGAUGUAUUCCAAACCUCUUUAUUUGGUCAGAAAAUGGCUGUGUUUUGCGGACCGAUUGGGAACAAGUUUGUCUAUGCCAAUGAAACCAGAUCACUGGCAGCCUGGUGGCCACUGUCUGUAAGAAAGGCCUUGUUUUUCCCCGAGUUUGUAGAGUCUCCUACAGACGAAAUUUCAUCUCUCAUGUUUAUUAGUAUUCGUGAUAUUCUUAAACCAGAGGCUUUGAAACAGUACAUACCGGUCAUGGAUUCAAUGGCACGAGAGCACGUGGAUUCCCAGUGGGCUGAUAAUGAAGUAGUCAAGGUGUUUCCAGUGUCGAAGAAAUACACAUUUGAUUUGGCUUGUAGAAUAUUGAUGGGUGUAGUUGAUGCGGAGCUUGUCAUAAGGCUAGCCAAGCAUUUCACUCUUGUUACUGCUGGCUUGUUCUCCGUCCCAAUCGAUCUGCCAGGAACUCCUUAUAACAAAGGCAUUAAAGGGGGGAAAUUGGUUCGGGCUGAGCUUAUGAAGAUCAUUACUGAGAGGAGAAAGGAAAUGUCGGAGAAUAAAUCAGAAACAGUCCGGAGAUCCAAUUUUCUGUCCCGAUUGCUGCUGGUGACCGAUGAAAAUGGGAAAUUUGCCAGCGAAAGGGAGAUCACUAACAACAUUGUUGGUUUGCUUUUUGCUAGCUACGAGACGACUAGCAGUGCUGUUACCUUUGUGCUCAAGUAUCUUUCAGAACUUCCACAUAUUUACGACGAGGUCUACAAAGAACAAAUGGAAAUAGCUAAAUCAAAGAGUGAAGGGGAGCUAUUAACGUGGGAAGAUGUACAGAAGAUGAGGUACUCGUGGAACGUUGUGUGUGAGACUCUACGAUUCAUACCACCUCUGCUCGGGGGCUUUAGAGAUGUUGUUAAUGACUUCAAUUAUGCUGGUUUCACCAUCCCCAAAGGAUGGAAGACAUUGUGGACAGUGCAUACAACACACAAGAAUCCGAAAUACUUUGCAGAUCCGGAAACAUUUGAUCCUUCAAGAUUCGAAGGGAGAGGGCCUGCUCCAAGUACUUAUGUACCUUUUGGUGGAGGAUCCAGAAUGUGUCCAGGAAAAGAGUACGCCCGUCUUGAAAUUCUGGUGUUUCUUCAUAACAUUGUUACCAAAUUCAAAUUGGAGAAAGUGAAUCCUCAAGAAAAGAUAGAAUUAUACUUUCUCCCGGUACCAAAGGAAGGUCUUCCUCUGCGUCUAACCCGCCAUAAAUAAAAUUUAAGUAGUAUAUAGAUCAAGAACAUUUGUGUUUGUUGUUCAGAAAUUGAACCUGUGUUUACCAACAAAUUUUCUGUAGAUCAAGUUGUGAUCAAUGCGCACAUUCUUCUGAGCUGUGGAGGAUACAGACCUGUCUUGCCUUAAUCUCCUAUGUUGAUGAUAAAAAUGAGUCACAUUUGUUGAUCUUAACAACUCUUGUUCCACUCUAUUUGAGCUUAACCAUAGUUAUUGAUCUUAUUUUUACCAUCCAUGUCACAAAUA